AUGAUUGAUCCAACAUUUUACCGGCACGCCGCCGAGGCUGUUGCGGCUCCUCCAGAAGAGCUUGCAUUCGUUGUUGCUUAUGAUCCUGAAUUCAAGAAAAAUGAUGCCGUCUUUGUGGUCGACCUGGAUCCCAAGUCAACUACCUACGGACGGGUCGUUGGUAAAGUCGAGGUUCCCGCAGGGCAGGAAUUGCAUCACUUUGGAUGGAAUGCUUGCUCGAGUGCUUUCAAGCAUGAGGGUCACAAUAUGGAGAAUCUGGAACGUCGGUACCUCAUUGUGCCAGGCCUGAGAUCGUCAAACAUCUUCAUUAUCGACACGAAGCCAGACCCCCGUAAACCGAAGAUUGUCAAGGUGAUUCCGGCGAAAGAGCUUUCGGACAAGGCUGGCUACUCGCGUCCGCAUACAAUCCACUGUGGACCGAACGGUAUAUUUAUGACAUGUCUGGGUGGACCGGAUGGCAAUGCUGAUGGUCAGACUGGUAUUGCCCUGCUCAACCACGACACCUUCGAGGUGAUAGGAAAGUGGGAAACCAAUCAUGGGCCCCAGCGCCAGAGCUACGAUGCCUGGUGGCACAUGAAUAAGAACACCUUAAUCUCGAGCGAGUGGGCUCCCCCUUCACUGAUCGAGAACGGGCUGAAUGCUGCGGCGCUUAUGGAAAACAAGUAUGGGAAACAGGUCCACUUCUGGGACCUUGCCAAAGGGACACACGUCCAGGCGAUCGACGUGGAUGAAGGCGAUCAAAUGGUCCUGGAAGUGCGCCCGACGCAUGAUCCCGAGGCUACAUGGGGCUUCUUCGGGGUGACACUCUCAACAAAGGACCUUUCGGGUUCGAUUUAUUACUGGUGUGAAGGCGAUAACGGUAAAUGGAAGGCUGAGAAAGUGAUUAAGAUCCCCGCGGAGCCGGUUGAUGACCCGAACAAGCUGCCGCCGAUCAUCAGACCCUUUGGUGCGAUUCCUCCACUCGUUACUGACAUCGAUCUUUCCGUCGACGAUAAGUUUCUCUACGUCUCAUGCUGGGGCACCGGUGAGCUGAAGCAAUAUGAUGUUCGUGACCCAGCCCAUCCCGUCCAAACAGGCUCUAUAAGGCUGGGGGGCAUUGGCAACCACACAGCACACCCCGCAGAGCCGGAUAAGCCUAUCGCCGGAGCUGUGCAGAUGGUAGAGGUCAGCCGAGACGGGCGCCGUGCCUAUUUUACUGGUUCACUUUAUUCGACCUGGGAUGACCAGUUCUACCCUGAGGGGAUGGGAUCUUGGAUGGUCAAGGUCAAUAUCAAUCCUGAAGGCGGUAUGGAAAUAGAUCGAGACUUCUUCCCGCGUGGAGAUGAAUUCGAUGGUCUCCGAGUUCAUCAAAUCAGGCUCCAGGGCGGAGAUGCUUCUACGGAUUCAUAUUGCUGGUCUUCCCCUCCUGUUCAGGCAAAAAUCUAA